AUUUAGUAUCAAAGCGAGACAGAGAGAGACGGUGUAGUGCGUGCAGUUACGUGACUUAUUUAGCUCAGUGUUUCAGAGAGUAUAGGGGGUGGUAAGGGGUUGGAUGACCACCCUGGACAGCCCCUUCCUGACUACAUUGCUGACAGGAAGUUUAGAAAGAAAAAGAAAAAAGGAGCCGUGCACAUUUCUUGUUUCUCCUUUUUUGGUUUUUCUGCCUUUUUAUGAUUUCGCCAACUCUGUUUAACAAAGGGAAUACAUCAUUUGGGGAAGCGCACCAAAGAAAAAAGGAGCGGAGCUAAAAUAUGGAGGACGUGUUUUGCUGUGAACUGGGUCAUUCUGUGAGCGUUUAUUUGUGACGCCAAAGGGAAGAAUGUUGAGUGUGAGGACGAAUGAUGAAAACAGCUGUCGGGACUCGGAACAUGGAGGAGCAUCCUGAGAGCUGAUCUAUAAAACAUUGACGGGAUUCUUCUCAAAGCUCUGCGCGUCCUACAGUAUGCACUAUGAUUUCUCCUGGCCCUUCCACAGCACCUCCAGGCCUUUCUUCCCCAACCAUAUCAUCAUCUAUUCAGUCAUCCUUCCAUCCACAAACCUCUAUUUCUACUCCAGCUUUCCCAUUGGUGGAUAUCUCCGACGACCCAUCCCCUGACCCCAACACCUCCUUCCUAUUCCCUGAUUCAUCACCUCAACUUAACUCCAAACCAUCUCCACCUCCUCCACACAAGCCCAUGAUGUCUCCUCAGGUCCCAAAGCCACCUCUUCCAGCACAACUUCCUUCUGCUCUUCCAAAGACCUCAUCUUCGGGCCUACCUAGACCACCUCCACCUCCCACCGCAAGACCCUCGUCUCCACCUCAGCCCAGACCUCCUCCACCAGUAGUCCCAAAACCACCGGUUCCUACGUCUCCAGUCAGCAAGAGCAGCAAACCUGUGCCGCCUGGAAUCAGCAUACUGGAGAAAUUGAUUAAGACGUGUCCGGUGUGGCUUCAGCUGGGGAUGAAUUUGGACAAAGCCAUGCAUAUACUAAGCAAGGAGUUUCCUGGGAUAUUUUUAGUCAGGAGGGAUGCAACUCAAAAAACAAUGGUACUGGCAGUACGUCUUGCCGACCAGCUGGGGGAGCCCCAUGUCAAAGAACUGCCUGUAAAGGAAGAAAAGUCCUUGCUGUACCUCGAAGGGUCUGUGCUGGUGUUUGAGAACAUUUUUAAGCUAAUUGCUUUCUACUGUGUUAGCCGAGACAUCCUACCUUUUCCUCUGAAGUUGCCCCAAGUCAUUCAAAAGGUGGCUAAAUAUGAGGACAUGGAAGUGAUCUCUUCUCUUGGUUCAGAGUUUUGGAACUCGACUCUAAAUAGCCAUGAGGAUGUGGAAAAUGUCAGCGGUAGCAGUGGUUCUCUGGAUAGACAGCGGCAAAGCAGUUCCUGUGAAAUCCAGCUUUCCAUUGGCAGUGACCGUCUUUGGUAUGUCAACCCCAUUUUCAUUGAGGAAUGCAGCAACAGUUUGUCGGCCGCCACCUCUCCUCCCGUUUUGAGGACCCAGAGUCUCAACACACCACUCCAAGCUCCACCUAAAUUUAGAAGGCCACCACCCCUCCGCCCUCGUCCUCCCAGCGCACCCGAGGCUCUUCCACACCAUGCAUUAGCCAAGCCUUCAAAAGGGGAGUUUAAAGCAGUUCUCAGUUCUCCUCCCUCGUCAGUCAAGAAAAGGGAAGGAAGUGACUGUGAACGUGCAGACAGAGAACAAGAGAAACAGGGAACUCCUGCCCCGAGCGCUGAGUGUGACAAGCCAGCUGUCUUACAAGCAGCUCAGGGCAAAGAAGGAAAGCAGCUUUUUAAUACAGCUUCACAUCGAGUUCCUCCAAUACCAAUCCGACGGAAGCUCUCUGAAAAACAGGCUUCAGAGGAACCAGUGCACCACGAAGUCAAUCCUGAACCUGAGGACAGUACUCAGCAAGUUCCUGUAGCAUCCCUUAUUUGCCUAGAUGACAGUGUAGAAAAAAGGGACAAGCCUAUGGACCCGAAGACUCCACAGGUUGAGGAGGUUCCAGCAGAAGAGUCCAAGGUAACUAAUGGAGCUCCAAUAGUCACUCAUGAGCUAGCACCUCAACCAAAGCGUCCCAAUGCUCCAGUUCCACCUCCAAGGAAGAAUAAACAGUCUCACUGCAGUAAUUUACUUUCAACUACUCCUCAGGAUACCACUUCCACUGUUCCACUGAAAUCCAGCAGCCCCAGUCCUGUUCGCCAUUCACUCUGCAUCAACGCCGCUCAUCCCAAAGUCUCGGAUGUUUCUCUAUAUUCUCCUGAUGGCGGAGCUCCCCCGGACCACGAUUCUUACUCAACCAGCAGCACGGAGGAGGAGGCGGAUGCUAAUAUGGCAACGGGUGCUGUAAUAAAGAGGACCCCAACGAUUAUGCUAGAUCGUGCCAAGCAACGGCUAUCGAUGGUGUCCAUGGCAAAUUUAUCUAACGUCCUCACAGGAUUCAUGAAUGCAGACCGCAAGUUGCAGAAACGCAUUGUCGAAAUGUCCCGAGAUGGAAACACAUACUUUGGAAACCUUGUUAAGGAUUAUCGAGCUUUCACUUUGGACACCAUGCGGAAACACACAUCCAGCACAGAGAUGCUUCAAGAAAUCAGACAGAUGAUAACCCAACUGAAGAGCUACUUGAUACAGAGCGCAGAGCUGCAAAAUGUGCAGGAAGCAGCGGCAUACUCAGAGGAGAAGCUGGAGAUCAUUAUUGAAGCAGCGCUUUGCAAAAGUGUCCUGAAACCCUUGCGGGAAGCUGUGUAUAACGGACUGAAGGACAUUCACUCCCGGGCUGGAAAUCUGAAGAAGCUAAAAGAGAACCAGCUAGUGGUUCAGGGAAUGACCACCACAGAUCUGGGGGUCAUUACAAGUGUCCCUGAAACGCCCAUCAUGGAGAAAAUUCAGACAAGGCUCGGUAACCUGCACCAAGAAUAUUCACCUCAGAAAAAGAUUGAUCUGCUCCUUAAGACCUGCAAAGUCAUCUACGAAUCCAUGUCUGUGGGCUGUCCAGGAAGGGCUCACGGGGCUGAUGACUUCCUGCCUGUGCUGAUGUACGUCUUGGCUCGAUGUAACAUCACCGCUCUUCUGCUGGAUGUGGAGUAUAUGAUGGAGCUAAUGGAUCCGGCGCUGCAGCUCGGAGAGGGUUCCUACUAUCUCACUACCACUUAUGGAGCUCUGGAGCACAUCAAAAAUUUCGAUAAACAAGCUGUUACCAGACAGCUAAGUUUGGAGAUCCAGGACUCCAUCCAUCGCUGGGAGCGCCGCCGUACCCUGAACAAAGCCAGAGCGUCUCGCACAUCUGUCCAGGACUUCAUCAACGUGUCCUUCCUGGAGGCUUGCUCCAACACCAAGACCCUUGGAGUGCGUCCCAACACUACCGCUAAGGACCUGUGCAGUCAGUGUGCUGAGAAGUUUGAAGUGUUGGAUCCUGAGUGCUAUUGCCUAAGUGUGUUGGUGGAGGGCCAUUACAAGCAUUUGGCUCCUGAGGAGUUUCCUCUCGCAAUCAAAUCCACUUUGCACCACAGCGAGCCUCGCAAGGAGUAUUAUUUUGUCUACCGCCACGGUCGCUGGCCAGAACAAGAGUCUGUGGAUGAGACUGCAUCAACACCAGCACCACAAGAGAGUUUGAUAUAAAAUCAUGCAUUUGUACAUGUGUGUUGGUGACAGGUGGAUCUUUAGCAAGCUGCUUGAUCAGACAACUUUAAUAUAUCAAAGAAUGUAUGUGAUACAAAAGAGUGUGAGCUGACAUUACAAUGCCUAACCACACAGCAGAAUGUGCUAUUUGCCCAUGGAAAUUACGAAAAAGGAAACUGGCUUUCAGGGGACUGGCAUUUCGCUGAAAAGAACCAGGACUGGAAUAUGAAAAAGGAUCUAAUGUUUUUUUUCUCCUACACGAGCAUGGUAAGCCUCGCAUGAACAGCCUGCCUUGUAAAAAAAAGUCUUUUUUUUUGAAAGUCAAGAAAAUCUGUGCAUACACGCCGCAGAAACAUCCUUCACCUUACUCAGCCUUGACUUCAGCAGAUCUGCGUUGUACAGUCCUUGAAAGUUUUGUGAUUUACAAACGAAACUUUAAAUCUCCAACAAUGCAAAUCUUUUCACAUCUCAGGGCUCGGCAGAUUGUGACUCAUACCCUGUUUUUUUGGUGCUUAUUUCUUCAUUUGUACAUUUUUUUUUAAAGCAAUGCGUCUUUACAGACCUUGAAGCCACUGUGUACUGCAUUGCUCUCAUAUUAUAUGUACUCAGCCGUUUUCCAUGCAGAUAUGCUCUCUGUGUUAUAUUUUCUUCAUGUUUGGUUCGUUUUUAUAACUCACAAAGUAUACAUUAUAGUUUAGGCAUAAGCUCUGCUUUUUGGCACAUUAUUUUAAGCAGCAUGAAUGCAUUUGUAUUAUGGGACUGCUUUGGUGUGCACAACACUUGUCAAACCAAAAUUGUUGUAUUAAAAAUGUAUACUGGUAAUAAAUACUUUUUACAUUA